CUUACGUAUUGUGUCCUUUAUUUAUUCCCCUCCCUGGCCUCACCUCAUCCUCCAUGUCAUAUACCUUGAUGUCGUACAUUACGUACUUUUUCACCUCGCGGUCAUGAGACAGGUUGUAUCGCAGCAGAUUAAAAGAAGAGUAUUAUAUUGUGAAAAACCUGGGAAAUAUACAAACAAUUCUAAAAAUAAGAUUAACAAAAAGUUAAAUGAAAGAAAUAUUAUUCUGAUUAGAUCUGAUCGCUUUAUAAAACAACAAACAUGAGUUCCCAAGAUAUGACUGAUCAUGCAUCAGAAGUGAAUCCUUCUGAUAUCACUUCCAAAACUAAAAAUUGGGUCCAAUUUGAGGAGGAAAUGGAACCAAGCGAGACAGUAUCUAAAGAUGAAUCAAAAUAUGUAAAUAAAGUUCAAAGAAAUACUCCAGCGGUGAUAAAGCCAGAAUCUGUAACAAUAAAUGUUGAUAAAAUUGGCAAAACAGUUGAAAAUUUAGAAGUUAUUAAUAAAACUAAUAAUGAAUAUAGUGGUGCUGUGAUAGCAACUGAAUCCGUCCAAAUUAAUUUAGAUAGAUCAGGAUUAAGCCGAUCAAUUGUCUCUGAUAGUACAGAUCUUAAUGUUCCGUCCGAUGUUAAAGUAACAGAUCCAAAAAGUGCUUCUUUAAAGACAGUGGAUUUGCGAGAUGUAUCUAAUGGCAGAAAUAAUCCUAGUAAUGUUAUAAGUACACCCAUUGGAAAUAUUAGACAAGGAUUUGCGAAUGGUGAUACUAUUGUUACGCUUUUACCAGUUAAUACCAGAUGGCCUUGGAUAACUCCAGCUAAAUUUAGACCUGAAUUAGUUCCCGAAGAAUUAAUGGCACAAGGAUUAACGCUUACUGUUGAGGACUAUGUGCAUAUAAUGGAAUUGCUUGUAAACGAUGUACGUUUCAAUAUGUAUAAUAUAUGUUAUAAGAGAAUACUUGUCCUUUGGAUAUUUACUGCGUUUGUUGUAUUGCUUGGUUUGCUCUUUUCCGGAGUAACUGGCCUUACAUUGUUUGGGCUUGGCGUCAUGUGGCUAGUCCUAAAUGCAGCUGCAAUAUUCUUUUGCAUGUUUAUUAAAAUAAAAUUGAACCAUAAUCUGGAAAAAUGUAUGGCGCAAGUUAAUAAGCAUUUAUUGCGACAUAAGAUAUUACUUGGAUUGGAUGACAGAGGAAAAAUAUCCUGCCAUAAAGUUAAUCUAUGUUUCAUAUAUUUUGAUACCACAGACUGUAUAAAAAAGCUCCAGGAGGUGAUAGAACGUGAAGAAUGCGAAGGAAGAAUAAUUAGAAGUAAUGAAAAUGAUACACAACGCAAAAGAGAAUUACAGCAACGAAUGGAUAUUGAUGAUGGUGACAUUGUAAUACAAGGCAGUACGACAACUCGAAUUUCCCGGAAACAGGAACGGGCGGAGUUGCUGUUGCUGAGGUAUGCUUCUCGAUGGGCACGUCGUUUUGUGCGUCGCAGACUUGAUUUGGUUAUAGACUCACAGGAUCGUAAUAGAAGCAUCACAGGCCUUUCUGUACCACCACGUCAUUGCGUCUCCGCCCGUUGCCCUUGUCAAUUUAUUGAGGAUCAUCUAAAAUACAAACCUAGAGCCGGACAAAAGGUGUUGGAACUUCCCGUUAUAUCUCGUCAUUGAAUAGAAACUCAAUAAAAACUAUAAAAUGUAUGAUACUACGUAAGUAUUGUAUAUAUUAUGUGCUGAUCACGUCUAUAUAUGUUGCAUGACAAAUUGUUAAUCAUAUUAAACAAUUUUUUCCUAAUGUUUUAUACAUCUUACAAUUUUAUGAAUUUUUCAAUUUUCUUACUUUU